UUCUCUUCCCUGAUCAGAUCUAAGUUUUGUAAUUAUUAUUUUAUAUAUUUAUAUUAGAUCUCAAGAAUCGGAGCUAAGUUUACUUGCUGAUAAUUUAGAAAAUUAAAUGUAAUUAAGAGAUUUCAUUGCAUGUGAUGCAGAGUUAUAGGGGUUUGAGUUGGGAGAUUUUUGGAUUGAUUUCCAUGGUAGGAUGUGAAAUCCGAAGCUUGUUAGCCAUUUGUAACAUGAAAUUUAGAAACUUAAAGGGAAUUGUGCAAUGGUCAGCUUCAAAAGUUGGAUUGUUCUUUAAUUGUGGAAGGUUUUGGGUUCAAAUGAUGAUGGCUAGAGUGUUCUGCUGUUUAGGAUGUUAUCGAAGGACUGCAUAUGAUAUAACUCUUGUUGAUGAUCACUGGCCUCAAGAUAUGUUUAAUGUCGUCAGUGGCAACACUUCACAGUCAUGGGAAAGACUUCAUGCUGGUGGUCUUCUGUCACACUCUUUUGAAUUGGACGGCAAAGUGAAAGGAUUGUUUUUGGGCUCUCCAGCUGUCAUUACAUUCCGCAUCCCCACAAAGGCUGCCUUGCAGGAGGCAUACUCAACUCCCAUUCUGCCUCUUGAUGUCCUUGCAGACAAACCACCAGUGCAGAAGCUCGAGUGGGUAAGUUUCUUGUUGGGAUUUCAAACAUGCAAGUUCAUCAAUUUAUGCUUGGACACCCUUCUUUUUGGUUUUGCUGUUAACUUAAGGUGGUCUUUUUUCUUUCAUUUUCUAUGGGAUGACCUCUGGUUUGGCCAAAAUUCUGCAGGCAAAGAAGCUGUUGGUUAAGUAUGGGUCUCUAAUUUCUGUGAUCUCCAUUGUGGUUCUGUUCGUGUACUUGCUCGUUACCCCAUCCAAAUCCGGUGCUGCAAAAUCAGGCAAGAAGAGACGUUAAACAUUACAGCCGAGAAACUGAUCCAGUAGGUUGUCUGCAGUUUAGAUUUUUCAGAGGAAAUAUCUCCACAAGUACUGCUAGUUAAAUUGUUUUCUAGCCGUAGAACUGAAAUUUUGUCAGUGGGAGGAGUUAGCAAUUUAAAUAACAUAACUUUUUAUUGUUA